AUGGCUUCCCAAACUCAACGCGCAGGCGAACUCGCCUCUCUCGCUUGCUACCUACCCAGCGUACGAAAUGCGACAGCCAACACGAAAACAAGGCGCAGAAUGUGUUCGCGCAUCAAUUGCGAUGCGCAAAAAGUCAAGGAUUUAUUCAAGGAGGAUGAAUCUGGUGCAAAGAGCCUGCUUCAGGCAGUUUGGGGGAUGGUGCUUCAUUAUUAUACUGGUAUGGAGGAGGUGUGCUUUGGUUACAAUGAAUUUGACAUGGCCGUUUCCGCGCGCAGGCCGGGGCCGUCAGCUGUCAAGGUUCGCGUUGAUACAGAGGCGCAAUUGGAAGGUUUUCCAAAAGGUAAGGAAGGUAAGUUUAGGGGCGCACUACACAUUGAGACAGACGAAGCAAUGCGGCUUCAUUACAACACCGCGGUGAUGCUCCAGAUUCGCAACUCAUCAGACAGUAAACCAAGCCCGGCACCUUUGGCAUCUCAACAGGCUGCAAUGUCGCUUCCUGAAGAGUGCAAAGUUCGGGUUUUGGCCAAAUAUAUGAACGGCUCAUUCAGCAUUUUUCUGGAAUACAAAUACCCCGAUAUCUCCGCUGAUUUUGUAUCUCUUGUAUCGGAAACGUUCUCGCGCAUGCUCCAUGCUCUUCUUGAAGAGACCCCAUGCACUGUUCAGGAAUUGAGUAAGAUCACCGAUAGUGACAUGCGACAAAUAAUUAAAUGGAAUGCCGUGCGACCUGAAACCGUUGAAAGAUGCAUACACAAUGUUAUUGAAGAUCAGGUUCAAUUGAAUCCGCAAAAGGAGGCUGUCUGCGCCUGGGAUGGGUCUCUUACUUACUUUGAGCUCAACCAACAAGCUUUUACACUGGCGCAACAUCUUUUGAAGCUUGGAGUUCGCGCGGAAACUCGUGUCGCAUUAUAUUUUGACAAAUCGAAAUGGAACAUUGUAGCCAUGUUGGCUGUGUUGAAAGCUGGCGGAGCGUUCGUCCCAUUGGAUCCGUCCCAUCCAAUCGCUCGGCUGGAGUCGUUGGUCAAAGAGGUAGAGGCAAAUAUAAUCAUAUGUUCGACCGAAUAUUCUUCCCGUCUAUCAUCGGCAGCUGAACAUGUGCUGCAUCUCGAUACCGAGCAGCUGGAGAAGAUGGCGGCAGAGCAGGAAGUAAACAGCAACCUUACUGCUUCAAUAAGUAGUAAAAAUGCUGCUUAUGUUUUGUUUACUUCUGGCUCUACCGGGAAGCCCAAGGCCACCGUGAUUGAACACCAAGCAUUCUGUUCCGGUGCCCACGUACAUGGACCAGCAAUGUUGAUCGAGCCCGACUCGCGCGUUCUUCAAUUCGCCGCUCAUACCUUUGAUGCUAGUUUGGUUGAAAUUCUAACGCCCCUGAUGCACGGGGCAUGCGUAUGUAUCCCUAGCGAGGAGUCCAGACUGAACGGCAUCGUUUCCGCCAUCAACAACUUACGAGUAAACCAUGCGUUUCUGACGCCGUCCUUCAUUCGCUUUAUCACACCUGCUGAUGUGCCAAACCUCACUCGACUGGUUUUGGCGGGAGAAGCCCUAACCCAGGCAAACAUCGACACUUGGUCGUCUAUCAACUUGGUCAACGGUUAUGGUCCAACGGAGAGUUCAGUUGCCGCCGUGGUCAAUGCAAAUAUAACAAAAGAAACAGCAUUUCAGGACAUUGGAUUUCCCGUCGGCGUGAGAUGUUGGGUGGUUGACCCUGAGAACCACGAUGUGCUUCUUCCCAUUGGCUGCACGGGUGAGCUCCUUCUGGAAGGUCCAUCAUUGGCGCGUUGUUACCUCAACAACCCAGAGAAAACCGCCCAAUCUUUCAUCUCCAAUCCAUCCUGGUCGCAAGAAGCUGAAAUAAAUAUUGGUCAAAGUCGAUUCUACAAGACUGGAGAUUUAGUCCGAUACAAUUCUGAUGCUGGAUCGUUUGAUUUUGUUGGGCGAAAGGAUACCCAGGUGAAGUACCAUGGACAACGAAUUGAGCUGGGAGAGAUCGAGUCGCAUCUCAUCAAAUAUCCAACUGUCAAGCAUGGACUUGUACUGUUACCAAAGACUGGACCUGCGGCGCAGAAACUGGUCGCGAUUUUCUCUUUCAGCGAAGGCGCGAUUAAGGACUUCCCAGUGAAUCCUUCACCUUUGAAAAUGCUGGAUAUUUCUAAUCGCGAAGAGCAUAUUUCCGAUAUCCGUGAAGCCAUGUCCAGUAUUUUGCCCGCAUACAUGAUUCCAUCCAUAUGGCUAUGUAUCGAGGCAUUUCCCGUUCUCGCUUCUCGCAAGCUGGAUCGGAAGACCGUAUCCGGUUGGCUCGAUACCCUGUCUGAUGGGAUCCUAGACUCUUUUAGACCCGUCGCCAAUGACACAAACAAAAAUAUGGACCACGCACUGACGGAUAUUGAAGCUACAUUGCGAGAGAUAUGGAGCGAUGUGCUCAAUAUUCCCCUUUCCAAGACUAGCAUACAUCAUAGUUUCCUCAGUCUCGGUGGUGACUCGAUUACAGCCAUGACCUGCAUGAAUCGCUGCAAACAACGAGGUAUUGGGCUCACUGUGCAAGACAUUCUUCGCAGCAGAUCUAUCCAAGAGCUCUCCAAUUGCGUCAGAUUGGUGGAUGUCCAGAACGAUUAUCGAGAGGACAUUGAUGUUCCUUUUGAUCUGUCGCCGAUUCAGAAACUGCAUUUUGAAGUUCGAAACGACGUUUUGGGACAUUUCAACCAGAGUUUCUUCCUCCGAAUCAACCAUUUUGUCUCACCUGAGGAUCUUCGCAAUGCAAUGAAUGUCAUAGUCAGUCGUCAUUCGAUGCUACGGGCUAGGUUCUUUUAUGAUGAACAACUGAAACAAUGGAGGCAGCGUCUGAAAGGUCAGAAUGAAGUGUCCUAUCGCUUUAAUGUUCACAAGCUGUCCUCUCGAGUGCAAGUUAAGAAUGCUAUUGCUGAUAGUCAAGCAAGCCUCGACGCUGUGACUGGUCCUGUCGUAGCAAUAGACCUGUUUCAGAUGGAAGAUCAAGAUCGACUACUAUCUCUGAUUGGUCAUCAUUUGGUAGUUGACCUUGUUUCCUGGCGUGUGAUUCUUGAAGACUUGGAGGAACUGCUUCUACAUUCUCAGUCAAGCUCGCUUCUCGGCACCACACUUCCAUAUCAGAGCUGGAGUCGUCUCCAGUGGGAGCAGCUUUCUGAUCUGAAAGAGGAGACAACCUCAAAAGCCCAAGACGUCCCGCUUUGCGAUCUGUCAUACUGGGGCAUUAGCAAUGCUGAGAAUACGUACGGUCAUGUCUCAUGCGAAAGUUUCGAGCUUGAUGCUAAAACGACCUCGAUAUUACUCAAUGAGGCAAACUCUCCAGUCCGAACAGAGGCAGUUGACAUUCUAGUUGCAGCAUUGCUGUACUCAUUUGCAAAGACCUUUACGGACCACGCGCUGCCAGUUAUACACAAUGAAGGACAUGGACGCGAACCAUGGGAUAAUUCGAUUGAUGUUUCUCGAACAGUUGGAUGGUUCACAAUCAUUUAUCCCAUAUUUGUGCAAGCUACCGCUCUUCGUGACUGGAUUGAUACUCUUAUACAGGUGAAAGACUCUCGCAGGCGUGUCAAAGAUAAUGGAAGAGAGUACUUUGCUAAGAGUAGUCUCAGCGGUGAGAACAUGAAGGUGUUCAAGCCAAUGGAAAUCACUUUCAACUACCUGGGCCGCUACCAACAACUCGAAAAGGCUGGUGCGCUCUUCAGCCCUGUGGAGGGCCUAGCUGGCGAGACAAGCCAGGGUGGUGGAGCAGCUGACUUUGCGAAGACUACGCCACGAUUCGGUCUUUUUGAAAUAUCAGCUGUGAUUGUCCAAGAUGUUCUUAGGUUCACAUUCUCGUUCAAUGGGCAUAUGCGACAUCAAGAAAGGAUUAGGCAAUGGGUUACAGACUGUCAGAAUACGCUGGUUCAGAUGACCAAAGAUCUAGUCUCACGCCAACAUCAACCGACACUCAGUGAUUAUCCACUCCUAUCUUUGAAUUACCCUGACCUGAAAGCACUCACUACUGAAAAGCUACCUGCCUUGGGUUUGGAUUCCUUAGAAGACGUUGAAGAUAUAUACCCUUGCUCCGCUAUGCAGCGCGGUCUACUUUUGUCUACAACUAGAGACAUAUCUUUUUAUGCCGUUCGAGGAACUUAUGAAGUCAAAGGAGAUAAUGGCAGCAAGAUUGACGCACAUCUCCUUUCUCAAGCAUGGCAACAUGUGGUCGAUCGACAUGCAAUGCUUCGUACCAUUUUCGUGGAGAACAUCAGCUCGGAAGAUCUGUAUUCUCAGGUCGUCCUUCGGAAGUAUGACUGUUCAAGUCAAAUUCUCAGUUGCAGCGAUGAAGACAACGUCCGUGUGGUGCUUGAUAAUCAUUCCAUGCAGUCCGAUAGGUGGAAACCAUUACAUAAAUUCACCAUCUGCGUUACUGAGAUAGGAAAGGUCUUUUGCCGACUCGAGAUGAGCCAUGUCAUCAUGGACGGAACGUCAAUUUCCAUUAUUCUACGGGACCUCGAAAAGGCCUAUAGCGGUUGCCUUCAAAAUGAUCCAAAGCCACUUUUCAGUAAUUUUGUUUCCUACCUGCAAUCGCAGCCAAAGAAUGAUGCAAUGGAUUACUGGAAGUCCUAUCUCUCUGGCAUCGAGCCGUGCCACAUGCCUGUGCUCAAUGACGGAUCAUCCUCGUCGAGACAAUAUAGUACACUUCGUCUGGACUUCCAGAAGCUUGAUCUUUUACAAUCCGUUUGCGAGAAACACGGCUUGACCCUCGCAAAUGCGCUUCAUGGAGCAUGGGCGCAAACACUUCGCUGCUACACAGGAAGUAACGAUAUAUGCUUUGGUUAUUUAUUGUCGGAAAGAGAUGUUCCCGUUGACAUGGUCGAAGAGACAGUGGGCCCAAUCAUUAAUAUGCUUGCUUGUCGAGUUAAUAUGUCUUCAGAAUCCAUCCUUAUGCGUCUUGUGGAAGGUAUCCAAGCGGACUACAUGGCAAGCAUACCGUUCAAACAUAUCUCAUUAGCUGAUGUCCAACAUGAAUUGAACCUUUCUGGAACAGCUCUUUUCAACACCUGCCUCUCAUAUCGGAAGCUCCCGUCCACAGAGUCUGACAACAUGCCAUCUAUACAAUUCUCCCAGUGUGCAGGACUACAUGAUCCGACGGAGUACUUGGUCACAAUCAACGUCGAAGCCUCAGAUACGAAUGCAGCGAUCGACCUGGACUUUUGGACUGAUAUGCUUUCUCAAGCACAAGCCAAGAACAUAGCAGACACCUUUAUACAAGCGCUUGAAAACAUCAUCGAACAGCCAGAGACUCCGCUAGGCCAGUUGAAUCACGUCCCUGCAAGCAAUUGGCAGCAAAUUGCAGAAUGGAACAAGGAUAUGCCAGAAACGAUUGAAAUGUGUAUUCACGAGGUGUUCGACGAGCAAGUGAGAUUGAAUCCCGAAGCGCCUGCAAUCUGCUCCUGGGAUGGUGAAUUCACGUACUCCCAAGUCGAUUCCCUUUCCACCCGCUUGUCAUACUAUCUCACCAACUUCGGUGUCAUGCCUGAAUCGUUCGUGGCAUUGUGUUUUGAUAAAUCAGCCUACACAAUUAUCGCUAUGAUCGCUGUUUUAAAAGCAGGCGGAGCUUGUGUGCCGUUGGAUGCUGGACAUCCGAAAGCUGCCUUGGAAUUGCGAGUGCUCGAGACAGGUGCCCAGGUUGUUCUUUCUUCUCCUUCUCGUACUCAUCUUCUCGACGAUGUCGUUCCUUAUGCUAUCCCGGUUGAUGAAACGCUUUUUACUCAACUUGAGGAAAUCGAUCCAUUCGUUAUCAACAAACCCGCCCCUGAAAAUUCUGCUUUUGUCAUCUUCACUUCUGGAAGCACUGGGAAGCCGAAAGGCGUUGUUCUUGAACAUCGAAGCUUGGUUACAAGUGCUGCGGCCCAUGGCGCAGCUCUAGGAGUGGAUCAGUCAACAAGGUUUCUUCAGUUCGCUUCUUACUCGUUCGACAACAGUCUCGAAGAGAUAUUCACAACUCUCAUGAGAGGUGGUUGUGUUUGUGUUCCGUCAGAAGAGGAUAGAAUGAACAACCUGGCCAAGGCCAUGAAUGACCUGGAUGUCAACUUCAGUGACAUGACAGCUACAGUCGCAGCUUUUCUAAAUCCUUCAGAUGUUCCGAAACUGAAAGGUCUCGCUAUUGGAGGAGAAGCUCCCACCAAAGAGAUAAAAGACACAUGGUGUAGUGUCCUGCGACUUCAAAACAUUUAUGGACCCACAGAAUGCUCCAUUAAUUGCUGUCAUAACCCAAACGUUGGACAGUCCAGUGAUGUUACAAAUAUCGGCCGUGCUGUUGGUGGUGUCUCUUGGGUCGUUGAUGCAAAUGACCACAACAACUUGGUGCCAAUUGGGUGUGUUGGAGAACUGCUCAUAGAAGGACCUAUCCUUGCUCGACACUAUCUUCAUAACCCAGAGAAGACUCAACAGAGCUUCAUUGAGGACCCUUCCUUCAUGGUGUCACUAGCUGAUAAGAUCGGUGAUGCAGAAGUGUUCUCGCCUACGGGACAUAGGAUGUACAAAACGGGUGACUUGGUUCGAUACAACUCUGACGGAACCCUGGUUUACCUUGGAAGAAAGGAUACACAAGUCAAAUUGAAUGGCCAGAGAAUCGAACUAGGUGAGAUUGAACACCGGAUUCAGAGCACUUUGCCUUCAGAUGGCCAAUGCUCGGUUGACCUCAUCGUUCGUCGCAAUGGGGACGUCGCAACAAAGGCUUUGGUAGUUUUCGUUUGUCUUGAAAGUGAUAACAAGAAACCAACGCAGAGUGAUGCGGACUUUAUCCUUCCAAUGACACCGUCUUUCCAGCUCAUAGCUAUGGAUAUAAAGUCCGCUCUCGCUUCCCAAUUGCAGAGUUAUAUGGUUCCAAAUGUCUAUAUACCGGUGUCCUUCUUCCCGAUGACAUCGUCCGGUAAGCUCAACAGGCGACAGCUUCGCACGACAGCGGAAGAGCUACUGUCACAUGAUGUAUCAUCCUACCGUCUAGGCGGAAGAAGUGGCCGAGAGCCCUCGACACACAACGAAAAAGUUCUCCAGAACUUAUGGUCCACGCUUUUGUCCGUGGAUGCUUCCCACAUCAGCGCGGAUGAUACAUUCUUCCGGCACGGAGGGGAUUCUAUAUCGGCAAUGAGACUCAUCACGGCCGCAAGAAAGCAAGGCUACUCAAUUAGCGUUGCAGAUAUUUUUCAGACGCCUAGGCUCUCUGAAAUCGCACAGAAAUUGGUAUCGGUAUCCACGUCUAGCGCCAAUGAGACUGACGUGAAGAUUUCUACGUUUUCUCUGCUCGAUGGGAAUGUUUCUGCUACAGGAAUCAAGCGGGAAAUCUCCACGACUUGUCAGAUUUCCCCUGACCAGAUCGAGGAUGUACUACCAUGCAGUGCAAUUCAAGAAGGUUUGAUCGUAAUAUCAAAUUCUCAGCCAGGAUCAUACGUCACGCAGAAUACCUACGAACUACCUGAUUCUGUAGAUAUCCAACGGUUCAAAGCAGCUUGGCAGAAGCUAUAUCAGAGUGAGAGCAUACUGAGGACUCGAAUUAUUCAUACCAAGUCAAACGGAUUUCUUCAGGUUGUUGUACGAGAAGAACUAGAAUGGGGCUCCACUCUACCUCUUCCUCGUUCAGUCCCAGGUGCCAAUGGGGGACGCUUGUCUCGGUACACCAUCGCCAAAGAUUCAACAGGCAGGCCACACUUCGUAUGGACAGCUCAUCAUGCCAUUUACGACGGUUGGAGUAUUCCAAAGCUCUUGAGCAAACUCCAAAGGUACUAUGAACACACUAAUAUGGCCAUUGAACAUGGUCCUUGCUCGUAUUCGCACUUCAUCAAGUACGUGUCCAAUAUACAGGCAGCUGAGUUGAAGGAUUUUUGGGUUCAGCACCUCAACGGGUUCACUGCGGUGCAAUUCCCGGCAUUGCCGAAUGCAUCCUACAAGUCGAAUCCCAAAACUCGACAAACCCUGAAAUUCAAUUUGCCGGAACACCGACCUACGGAAGUCACUCUGCCAUCCCUGAUCCGAGCAGCAUGGGCUCUUACGGUUUCGAUGUAUUCGUAUUCUGAGGAUAUUGUCUUCGGCGAGAUUAUGACAGGGCGUGAUAUUCCCGUUCCUGGAAUUGAUGAUAUGAUCGGUCCUGCAUUGUCAAUAGUGCCCAUGAGACUGCAAAUAGAUUCCGAUCUUUCUGUUAUCCGAUUCUUGCAGCAAAUGCAGGCCCAGACUGCUUCCAUCAUCCCAUACCAGUCCGCUGGCUUGCAAAAUAUUCAAGGAUUCAGUCAAGAUGCUAAGUCGGCUUGUGAGUUUCGGACUCUUUUCUCCAUUGCUCACGGAGAGAGUGAUGACGUGGAAGGGGUUAUGAGAUUUUUGAGUGCCAAUACUGGUGACGCAAACUUCUUCACAUAUCCAUUAAACGUGUCAUGCUUUAUGUGGGAAUCGGAUCUGGAAGUGCAGAUCCAGUUUGACAAUCACAUCAUUCCACUCACUCAACUGAAGAGAGUCAUGGGGCAGUUUGAGGCUACUCUGCACAAAUUAUGUAUCGCAAUGGCAGAGGAGAAGUUAAGCAGUAUCGAAGUCAUAGGCAACAGUGACAUAUCUCAAAUCCAGAAAUGGAACAAUGAAUUGAGCUUGACACGAGUUCAUCGGUGUAUCCACGAUGUGAUUGAUGACAACAUCAAAUCGCGUCCAGAUGCUUUAGCCAUCGACUCCUGGGACGGAACAUUCACUUAUGCACAACUCGGUCAUUAUGCCACAGCUCUAGCAAACCACUUGAGGGUCCUUAUAGGUAACGACAAGGAGCAGUUCAUACCGAUUUGCUUCGAGAAGUCAGCUUUUGCCGCUCUUUCAAUGCUGGCCGUUAUGAAAGCUGGUUAUGCAUUUGUUCCCAUUGACCCUCAACAUCCCAAAGCCCGGCGCCAGGAAAUCGUUUCGGAUAUUGAUGCAAAAGUCAUACUUUGCUCUCCACGAUAUGUUGGGUCAUGUCAAGAGGUGGUCGAUCGAGCCCUUGCUGUUGAUUUGGACCUGCUUGUAUCGCUUCCAGAAGCAAGCACUUCACUUGGUAAAUAUGAUGCUAAGACUGCAGCGUAUGUUAUCUUCACAUCUGGAAGUACUGGAAAGCCAAAAGGCUGUAUCAUUGAGCAUGCUGGCUUCUGCUCUGGAGCUGUUAAGAAUGGUCCUGCAUUCUCCUUUUCGCCAACUUCACGAGUCCUUCAAUUUGCGUCGUACACAUUUGAUGCUAGUCUUCUCGAGAUCUUGACCGUUUUGGUCAUCGGAGGAUGCACAUGUGUCCCUCACGAUAGCACUCGUCUCAAUGGCAUUGCCAAGUUCAUUAACGAAAAGAAUGUCAAUACCGCUCUUCUCACACCAAGUAUGGCACAAACUAUCAAACCGUCCGAAGUCCCGUGCCUUGAGAACCUAGCGCUUGUUGGUGAGGCAAUGACACCCAACCACCUUGCUAUCUGGGCAAAUGAAGUUCGGCUGAUUAACGGAUAUGGGCCUACUGAGACAUCAAUUGUUGCUGCUGCAAAACCAUGUAUGACUCUGGAUACCGAUUCAUCCAACAUCGGUUUACCGGUCGGCAAUGCAUGGAUUGUAGAUCCACGAAAUCACGAUAGAUUGAUGCCAAUCGGUGCCAUCGGUGAACUGCUGAUUGAAGGCCCAACGUUGGCGAGAGGCUACCUCAACAACGAGCAGAAAACACAGGAAGUCUUCAUCACAAACCCAGCAUGGGGUGUCAUCUCCGGCAAUUCGCAACGGAGAAUGUACAAGACUGGUGAUCUAGUCAGAUACGCACCUGACGACUCUGGAGAACUACUUUACGUCGGAAGAAAAGAUAGUCAGGCGAAGCUUCAUGGCCAGCGACUCGAGCUCGGAGAGAUUGAGCACCACCUUAAUGGCGACAAUGAUGUCUUGAAUGCUAUUGCCCUUCUUCCAAAGAUGGGUAGAUGCUCUAAGAAACUUGUGUCUGUACUAUCUCUACGCAACUUCCAAGGGGGAGCUUUCGACGAUAGCGAACUGCACAUAGUCACAGAUAAAUCAGCGUUUGAAAAGCUUCGUCUCGUUCAGGAUAGACUACGUGAAAAGGUCCCUGCUUAUAUGACCCCUUCCACCUGGGUUGUUUUGCAGCAAAUGCCCCUACUACCUUCUGGGAAAUUGAACAGGAAGUUAAUUGAUCAAUCUAUUGAGAACAUUGAUGAUGCAACCUACGAAAGGAUUACUUCUGCAGAGCAAACGAGCUCAACAGACAAGGUUGUGGUUAUCACACAGACAGAGGCAACUUUAAGAAACAUAUGGGCGUCUGUUCUGAAUCUUUCCCCUGAGAGCAUCAGUUUGGAUCGUUCAUUUUUGCAUCUGGGUGGUGAUAGUAUGUCAGCGAUGGCAGUAAUGUCAAGGUGCCGAGGCCAGAAUCUGGGUUUGACGGUAGAGAAUAUCAUCACUUGCAAAUCGAUUCGCCAUCUUGCUUCUCUGGUUACCUUACCGCAGAAAGCUGAACAAAACGAGGAAAAUUAUCAUGAGUUCGAUCUUUCGCCCAUUCAAAUCCUCUAUUUCCAAUGCAUGAAUGGUAAAACCACCCAUUUCAAUCAAAGUAUCAUGAUCGAUAUCAGCGACUCUGUCUCCGAAGAUCAAGUCAAAGGCGCAGUUUCGAAGCUAGUAUCUGUGCACUCAAUGCUCCGAGCUCGAUUUUCUCGAGACAGAAACGGUAUAUGGAAGCAGCGUAUCUUACAGGACACUCAAUCCUCUUAUGGUUUCCGUACCGUCGAACAUUUUGAUUCGGAUGAACUCUCCGAAGAAGUCGAGGAGACACAGAAAUCGCUGGAUGUGACACAGGGACCUGUUAUGGCAAUUACGCUCUUCCAAGACCCUAUAGAAGGAUCGAAGCUUUUUAUAUGCGCCCAUCAUCUGGUUGUUGAUGUGAUUUCAUGGGGUAUCAUUGUACGAGAUCUGGAAGAUUUGCUUCAAGGCCGUGCUAUUGCGGGUGACCAGGGUAUUUCCUUCCAAAAGUGGUGCAGAUUACAGUUGGACUACGUCAAGGAAAAGAAAAAUGCCAGCCUUCUUCCACUGGAUGAUAUUCCAGCUGCAGAUAUGGAGUUUUGGGGCAUGAAAGACACACCAAACACUUAUGGAGAGGUCGUGAUGGAGGAAAUCGAAUUGAACUCAACCAUCACCAAUGAAUUAUUGAAGAUGAUCAACGGUCCGCUCAACUGUGAUGUCGUUGACAUCUUACUGGCUGCAUUACUAAUAUCUUUCCGUCGUGUAUUUUCCAGUCGCAAGUCUAUGCCAUGCAUCUACAACGAGGGGCAUGGACGUGAGCCCUGGGACCCUAGCAUUGAUCUCUCCAACACAGUAGGAUGGUUCACCACAAUGAGCCCCGUCCAUCUACCAGCAGACUUCAGCAAUGCAGAUGAGAAUGACCUCCACAAGUGCAUCAGCUGGGUUAAAGCACUCCGACGAAGAACCCCUGGAAAAGGAAUGCCAUACUUCGCUCAGCGAUUACUGACAUGGGAGGGCCGCGAACGAUAUCAACACCACUGGCCAAUGGAAAUGGCCUUUAAUUAUCUCGGUCAGCACAAAAAGGUCAAGGAGACAAAGAAUCUUCUGCAGCUCGCCAACGGCACAGGGCAGUCAGUUAAUUCGGUAUCCGAUAUUGGUCCUGAUUUUCCUCGCUUCUCAUUGAUCGAGAUCUCUGCUGCUAUAGUUAAUGGAAGUCUGAAGAUUUCUGUUUCGUACAACAAGGCCAUGAAGAGGCAGGGCAGCAUACGUCAAUGGAUUGGCGAUUGCAGAGAUCUAAUCUGCCGGGCUCUAAGGAAUUCCCAGGCGACGAAGACAUUACCCAGCUUGGCCGACUUCCCUCUCCUCCCUCUCUCGUACAAUACUAUCAAUAAGGUCACGAGAAGCUUACAAAACGCUGGCAUUACAUCUUUUGACAAUAUUGAAGAUAUCUAUCCUUGUUCAUCAAUGCAACACGGAAUACUGCUCAGCCAACUAAAAGACCCCAAUACAUAUGCCUACCGCGCUAUCUUCGAGGUUGACCUACCCUCUUUGCAAGGAAGGCUAGAUGUUCAAAGACUAGCCGAGGCAUGGCAGAGCGUUGUUGAUCGCCACAUGUCUCUCAGGACAACCUUCAUUGAUGGUAAUCACGAAGCAUCGCUUAUGGACCAGGUGGUCUUCAAGACUUAUCCCGCCAGAAUUGACGUUCUCAAAGAAGCCGAUGGCAAUGCUAGACAGUUGCUUGCAGGGCUCUCAGAUAUAAACUUCAAGAACGGAAAUCAACUUCACCGUCUCUCUAUCUGUCCCGAGAAGACUGGACGAGUGUUCUGUCGCUUUGAUAUCAGCAAUGCUAUUGCGGAUGGAACCUCCAUGCCAAUUAUUUUCCGUGAUCUCUCGCGAGCUUAUAUGGGACUUGCACCAGUCACUGAAAGAAAACCACAGUACAGUGACUUUGUUGGUCACUUGCUAUGCAAGCCCAGGGAAAAAAGCGUGGCUUACUGGAAAAAGUAUCUCUCAGGAAGCGAACCGUGUCUGUUCCCAUCGCUUGUGAACGACCAGAAGAAAGAUAAGUCUCUUGGUUCUGAAAUCAUCACCUUGAAGAACAACACAGCCAUACGUGAACUUUGUAAGGGCAUGGGAAUCACAAUGUCUGCAAUCUUUCAGUUCGUGUGGGCUAUGGUUCUGAGGACCUAUACUGGCUCUGAUGAGGUAUGCUUCGGUUAUAUCAGCUCGGGUCGUGAUGUCCCAGUUCAGGAUAUUGAAGAUGCUGUUGGAGCUUUUAUCAACAUGCUCAUCUACAAGAUUCAUCUGACGGAUACUCUACCAUUGGCAAAGGCGUUGAAAAAGACUCAACGAGACUUUAUCAAGAGCAUGGAACACCAAGCCGUGUCACUUGCAGAAGUGCAACAUGCCCUCGGUCUAGCAGACACUCCUUUAUUCAACACAGCAUUCACUUUCCAGAGACGCAGUGGUCUCGAUGUGGACUCUACACCUUCACUAUCAUUCAAGUCAUUCGACUCCUAUGACCCCAGCGAGUAUAAAAUAGCGGUUAAUAUUGAGAUGAUGGAGUCUGUGACUGAAGUUCAUUUUAGUUACUGGCAGAACUACUUAUCCAGUGCUCAAGCCAAGAACAUAGCCGACACAUUCGAACAUAUCAUAAAUGAUAUCACGAAAUCCACCGAGCAUGAACGAACUAUUGGUGCCAUUAGCACUGUUGGAUCACUCAGUUGCCAGAAUAUGUGCCAAUGGAACAGCAUCCCCCCUGAGAAGGUGAAUCGCUGUGUGCAUGAAAUGAUCGAAGAUCAGGUACGAGUUCUGCCAGUUAUGGCUCAAGCGGUUGAGGCUUGGGAUGCAAAGUUCACUUACGGAGAACUCGACUCUCUUGCCAACCGUCUUGCAACUGUCCUUGUCAGCCAUGAUGUUGGCCCCGAGGUUAUUGUUCCUCUGUGUUUUGAAAAAUCUGCAUGGGCAAUUGUCGCACAAAUCGCUGUUCUCAAGGCAGGAGGUGCUUUUGUAUCUCUCGAUCCUUCACACCCCGAGGACAGACUGAAGAGCUUGGUUGAAGAUGUUAAUGGCUGUGUCGUGCUAUCUUCAGCUCAGCAAUUCGCCAAAAUCUCCAAAAUAGUUCCCAACACUAUCAUGGUGAAUGAUAGGUCUUUGGCUCAAUUACCGAAAGCUACUCAACCAACACGGACUUCAGUCAGCCCAACAGAUAUUGCAUAUGUCAUUUUCACUUCAGGGUCGACGGGCAAGCCUAAAGGAACGGUCAUCGAGCAUGGUCAAUUCUGUACAGGUGCUUUGGCUCAUGGCAAGGCCCUUCAUAUAAACUCUGAGACUAGAUCAUAUCAGUUUGCCAACUACACUUUUGAUGCCUCCAUCUUGGACAUACUAACUGUCCUCAUUUUGGGUGGCUGCGUUUGCGUGCCUAGUGCCGAGGACCGUAUGAACGAUGUCGCUGGCAGUAUUACUCGUCUACGUGCCAAUUGGAUGUGCAUCACACCUUCCGUGGCUAGUACACUAAAACCAGAGAGUAUUCCGACAAUGAAGGUCAUUGCUAUGGGCGGUGAGAAGAUGACCCCUGGCGCAAUCGAGAAAUGGUCGAAAUCAGUUUGCCUCGUGGAAGCAUACGGCCCCAGCGAGUGUUCAGUAGUGUGUGCUGCUGGAAGCAAGGUUGACAAGUCAGGUCAAAUUGUCAAUUUUGAUCCUGCUAUUAUCGGUAAAGCUGUUGGUAGUCGAUCUUGGGUUGUCGACCAACGCAACUACAACCGCCUCGUCCCAGUCGGCGCCAUCGGCGAACUGGUAAUUGAAGGCCAUAUCGUUGGUCGCGGAUAUUUGAACAAUGAGAAAAAGACAAAGGAGGCCUUCAUACAAGAUCCAGCCUGGGCAGCGGAUGACCAACUUAGAGCUCUUAUUGCUCCUGGUACAAGAAUGUAUCGGACUGGUGACCUUGUUCGGUACAAUGACGACGGCACGCUUACCUAUAUGGCAAGGAUAGAUAUGCAAAUCAAGCUCAACGGACAACGUAUCGAGCUGGGUGAGAUCGAAUACCAAUGCACCCAACAUAUGCCGGAAAAUGUCCAGUUAGCGGUUGACUUGGUUGCGCCUGGUUCACAUCCUGGACCAAAGAAACUUGCAAUGUUCUUCAGCCUACGCGGUAAGGCUCAGGAUCCGGCUUCAGGUAAUGAGAAGAUUCUCCUCGAGAUGGAUUCUGUGGCCCGCAGUGUCAUUGAGUCUCUCGAGAAAUCGGUUGCGAAAGUCCUCCCGUCAUACAUGAUACCGCAGCUUUUCUUCCCUGUAUCUGUCAUACCCUUCACCAAUUCAGGCAAACUUGACCGCCGGAAGCUGUUUGGUGAAAUUAAAGAUCUUUCCAGAGACGACCUCAAAAAAUACUCCCUUUCAACUUCAGUCAAGAGGAAACCCCCAACAGAUGAGCGACAAAUCACCCUUCAGGGAUUAUGGGAGGAAGUCCUUGCCGUUCCAAAACACGCAAUUGGAAGCGACGAUAGUUUCUUUAGACUUGGCGGCGAUUCUCUUGCUGCGAUGAAACUUGUAGGUCUCGCCAGGUCGAGAGGCAUUUCCUUGAGCGUGGUGGAUAUUUUCCGUCAUCCUACCCUUGAGGAGAUGUCCAAUAAGUAUCUACUGGCAGAAGCUGCUUCCAGCGUUUCAAUCCCGCCUUUCAGUCUGUUACGGAACUCCGUUGGCAAAGAUGAGAUUAUUGUUGAGAUUGCAAAUCAGUGCAAUGUCGAAAAGGAGUCGAUUGCUGAUAUCUAUCCAUGCAGUGCCCUUCAGGAAGGGUUGAUCACAUCGUCAGUUCAACAACAAGGGGCAUAUAUUUCACGCAACAUUCUGCGACUUGGCCCUGAUGUUGAUGUUGAGCGCUUCAAGGUUGCUUGGCAGCAAUUGGUAGACGAAUUUGAUAUCUUGCGAACUCGCAUACCUCACACUGCCUCAUCUGGCUUCUUGGAAGUUGUUCUGAAGCAGGAGCAGAUCUCCUGGUAUUACUAUGAUAACUUGGAGAGCACACUUGGUGAUGCCUCAAAAUUGUUCAACUCUCAAAGUGGCGUCCUGACUCGGUAUAUCUUGGUUCAAGAAAAGAAUACUUCUGCUACCUAUUUUGUAUGGUUGAUUCACCACGCUCUUUACGAUGCCUGGGGACUGAAUAUUCUUCUCAAGAGGGUGCAGGAAAUAUAUUACAACAACAGCGAGUCGACUCCAAAGAUCUCUUACUCGUCUUUUAUUUCCUACCUUGAGAGACAGAACCUGCAAGAGUCAGGUAACUUCUGGAAAUCUUACCUGGCAAACCCCUCACCGACACAUUUCCCUCCACUUGCCAACCAGAUAGAGUCUCUUGGCGAGAAUACCACGUCGAAGACCUUGACUCAAAUGGUGGACAUUCCACAACGAUUCCUGAGUCUCGGUAUCACUGUACCAAUAUUGAUAAGAGCAGCCUGGGCACUUGUCCUGUCAAAUCGUACACAGUCGACUGAUGUUUGCUUCGGAGAGACCUUAUCCGGUAGGAAUAUCGAUGUCCCCGGUAUCGCUGAACUCGCCGGCCCAGUACUGACCACAGUGCCUACUUAUGUUCAUGUCGAUGCAAAAUCCAAGAUCAAGGAUUAUCUACUGGAGAUCCAGAAGAUAUCCACAGAAAUGAUCUCACAUCAGCACUUUGGCCUACAGCAUAUCAAGAAGCUGGGACAGGAGCAGGCUGCCGCUUGCCAAUUUAGAAACUUGAUCGUUGUUCAGACUGCUGAUUCCGCUGAUACUAACAAGUUGUGGGAAGUACAAGACAAUGGGGACAUUGGGAGCUUCUUCACUUAUCCUCUUGUUGUGGAGUGCAAAACUGGUGAGGCCAGUAUCGAGGUCAAUUUCCACUACGAUGAGAAAGUAAUCACUCGAUGGGAACUUGAGAGGAUAUCUUUCCAGUUGUCACAUGUCCUACAGCAGCUUGGUUCCGUCAAUAGUUCAUCUACUGAUCUGCUGGCAACUGUCGGCAUGUUGAGUCCUGAGGACAAAAAGGAGAUCAAAUGGUUGAUUAAGCGUAACCCCCAAGUCCUCGAUACGUGCAUCCAUGAUCUUUUUGCAGCGCAAUGCCGAGCACAGGCAGAUGCUCAAGCUGUCCAUGCGUGGGAUGGAGAUCUUACAUAUGCUGACUUGAACAAGUACGCAUCAAGCUUUGCAGCAUAUUUGAAGUCUCUCGGCGUCCAGCCUGAAGUCUUGGUUCCGUUGUGUUUGGAUAAAUCCGCGUGGACUAUAGUUUCAAUGUACGCCGUGCUGAUGGCUGGAGGAGCAAUUGUUCCUCUAGACCCUUCGCACCCUCUCGAUAGACAUAGGGAGAUUGUCCAACAGACGGGUACGGAUGUUUUAUUGUAUUCGUCAAAAUACGAAUCCAAAUAUGCAGGUAUCGUCAAGCACGCUAUUUCUAUUGAUGCGAACACAAUAAGGAACAUUCCCUCAAGACCCUUUGGACAAGAACGACUUUCCAGCGUGAAAGGUUCUAACGCUGCAUACGUGAUUUUCACAUCUGGCAGCACAGGGAAACCGAAGGGCAUCAUUAUUGAACACCGGGCAUUCAACACAAGCUCUGUAGCCUUUGGCAGAGCCUUGGACAUGAAUAGCACAACUCGAGCUCUGCAAUUUGCGUCUCUCAGUUUUGACGCUGCCAUUAUGGAGAUAUUCACCACUCUCACGGUUGGAGGUUGUGUCUGCGUCCCCAGUGAAGAUGAACGUUUGCAAGACAUUUCCGGAACUAUCUGUCGAAUGAACGUCACCUGGACCCUGCUUACAUCUUCCGUCGCAAAUUUGAUUGAUCCGGCAUCUGUUCCAUCGCUCAAGGUUCUUGUUUGUGGUGGCGAAGCGAUGAGUCCCGAAGUCAUUGCCAAGUGGUCUGACAAGGUGCAUUUGAUCAACGCUUACGGGCCAUCUGAGGCUUCCGUUGUAGCGGUAGUCAAUCCAGACGUAACAAAAGACGCGCCAAACAAUAUUGGUUAUGGUAUACAACCUACCACUACAUGGAUCGUCAAUCCCGAUGAUCGCAAUCAAUUGACUCCUAUGGGUUCUGUAGGUGAAUUGGCCCUAGGUGGACCUACUCUUUCACGUGGAUACCUAGGUGACACUAUCAAGACGAUGGCUGCUUUUAUUGAGAAUCCAUCCUGGGCCAAAGAAUUUGCAGCUGAGAUUCCUGCGUAUCAACGCAUUCACUUGACAGGUGAUUUGGUCAAAUACCGGCAUGACGGCUCUAUAGACUUUAUUGGCCGAAAAGACAAUCAAGUAAAAUUCAACGGUCAGAGAAUGGAACUGGGAGAAAUUGAGCACCGCCUGGAAACCGAUUCUCAUGUUCGUCAUGUCAUUGUCUCCGUUCCUCAGUCAGGACCUCUCCGGAAGCGACUUGUUGCAAUUCUUUCUUUGAAAAAUACGGCAGCUGGUCAGUCAGUUGUGACUUCGAAAACAUGUCAACUUAUCGAAAGAAGUGAGGAAUUAUCGCGAAUCAAGAACAAUCUAGCCUCACAGUUGCCAUCCUACAUGGUUCCACAGGCUUGGGCCGUCGUCAACGCGAUACCCAUGUUGGUAUCUGGAAAGCUAGACAGGAAACUUGUCAAGAGCUGGAUCGAGAAUAUCUCAGACGAGGUCUAUCAGAAGGUGGUCGGUGCGGAUGAAGUCGAUACUGCCCCAGAAGACAUGACCGGAGUUGUUUCAACCCUGAGAGAAAUAUGGGCACAGGUAUUGAAUCAACCUGUUGACAAGGUCAAGCCGAAUCAGUCAUUCCUAAACUUAGGUGGUGACAGCAUCACAGCAAUGGCUGUUGUUUCGAGAAGCAGGAAGCAUAACAUCAAAGUCACUCUUCACGACAUACUGCGUUCGCCUUCGCUGAUCAAACUAGCCGAAACGGUGGAAUCUAGCACUGUGGACAUGCCAGACCAUGUGGAAGUGUUGGACCAGAACUUUGGACUCUCUCCUAUUCAGCAAAUGUACUUCCUUGCUGCAAAAGGGCAUCAAGGUAGCAGUCGAUUCAAUCAGAGCUUUACUCUUCGCUUGUCACGGUAUAUUAGUUCCGAUGCUAUGCGCUCAGCACUUCGGGCGAUUGUUUCUGGUCACUCAAUGCUUCGGGCACGGUUCAAAUUAAACGCUACUGGAGAGUGGGAGCAACAAGUUUCAAGUGACAUCAAAUCUUCUUUUCGGUUCCGAUACCACAAUAUAGAGUCACUGAGCGAAGCCAUCAGGAUGAUAGGAGACAGCCAAAGAGACAUCAAUAUCUACGAUGGCCCAAUAAUAGUUGCAGACAUGUUCGAAAAAUCUAGCGAUGAGCAGUACUUGUUCCUUGCUGCUCACCAUCUGGUUGUUGAUGUGGUCUCGUGGCGAAUCAUUACGCAGGAUCUCGAAGACAUUCUCGAGACUGGCUCUCUUCAGGUGGACAAAGCCCUUUCGUUCCAAUCAUGGUGUAAACUACAGUCGGAGCAUGUCAAGCGAAGCGCUGCUGAGUACAAAUUACCCUUCAAGGUGUUACCUACGAAUCUUGGCUAUUGGGGAGUGGAAAAUGUUUCAAACACUUAUGGUAAUGUAAAACGACAUACCUUUACUCUGGAUGAAGGAAUGACGACCUCUACUAUGACCGCUUGCCAUGAAGUCUUUGGCACUGAACCGGUAGAUAUUCUCCUGGCGGCCAUCAUUCACUCUUUUAGACUUGUUUUCACGGACAGAUACCUGCCGACAGUCUUUAAUGAAGGCCAUGGAAGAGAGACGUGGGAUUCAAAGAUUGAUCUCUCUCGUACUGUUGGAUGGUUUACGAACAUCUCGCCAUUGCAGGUAGUGCUUGAGUCAGAUGAUGUACUCGAUACUCUGAAAACGGUGAAGGAUACCAGACGUAUUUCUCAAGGAGCUGGAAACUCUUACCUGGCGCAACGUUUCUUCACUCCAAAAGAUCGGCCUCUUUUAUCUCACUCCGACGUACCAAUGGAGAUUCUUUUCAACUAUCUUGGAUCAAUGCAACAGUUAGAACGUGACGACUCGAUACUUCAAAACGCGGAUAUGGGAUUGGAAAAGGCCAAUCCUCUGGACGUUGGCGAUAUGGGACCCGAGACGACUCGGUUGGCGCUCUUCGAAAUAUCCGCCGCCGUUGUUCAACAUCGUCUAGAAUUCGCAUUUAUGUUCGGUGACCGCAUGAAACGACACAGUGAAAUCAAUCGUUGGAUUUCCGAAUGCAAGUGGAUUCUAGAGGAAAUCGUUGUUCGACUGAGACGAUGCACUCCUGAACCCACAUUGAGCGAUUAUCCGUUACUUCCAAUCAACUACGACGGACUCAAACGUUUGCUCAAAAACUCAUUUCCACAAGCAGGUAUCUCUCAUUAUAGGGAGGUGGAAGAAGUCUACCCCUGUUCCCCUGCACAAGAGGGCAUGCUUCUCAGCCAGUUGCGUGACCCGAAGACAUAUUUGUUUCAUGUUGUCUUUGAGGUGACAGGCUCAAAUUCGCAAAGACCUGUUGACCCUAUGAGGCUGAUCGCCGCGUGGCAAAAGGUUGUUGACAGACAUGCCGCAUUACGCACAGUGUUUGUCAAUAGCACUUACAAAGGAGGUUCCUUCGACCAAGCAGUUUUGAAGAAUGUUGAUGAGGAUGUUAUUCAUAUUGAGUGCGACGAUUCUGCUAUCAUCAGCCAGCUCCAGUCAAUCAGUCUAUACGACAGGAACGUCAAACGGAAGCAGAAGAUACCUCAUCAACUAACCGUCUGCGUGACUCCCUCCGGAAGAGUGGUCAUGAAAAUUGAAGUCAAUCAUGCUGUUAUCGAUGGAGGCUCAACCCCUAUUUUAAUACGCGAUCUCCAGCUCGCUUAUGACGGACAACUUCCAGAAGGUCGUGGCCCCCUUUACUCUGACUACAUUCGAUUUGUGAAAAGCCGUUCACCAAAAGAUGAUAUUGUCUACUGGAAACGAUACUUGACUGGAAUCCAAGCAUGCUAUUUCCCACGUCUGAAGUCUACAUUCAGUAGCCAACGUCGUCUUGCUUCUCUACAGUUCAACUUCGACCAUUGGCAAGAUGUACAACGCUAUUGCGAGAGAACAGGCGUGACGUUAGCGAACGUCAUCCAAGCAGCAUGGGCUCUGGUUCUUCGAAAAUAUACCAAUUCUGAUGAUGUCUGCUUCGGCUAUCUAUCAGCUGGACGUGAUGCACCGGUCAACAGAAUACAAGAAACAAUUGGUGUUUUUAUCAACAUGCUCUGCUGUCGAGUUCGCCUUUCUCCAUCUCAGCUACUAGCGGAAAUUCCAAGUCUCAUUCAGGAUGACUUCGUGCGAGCAAUUCCUCAUCAACGCUGUUCUUUGGCACAGGUACAGCACGAAUUAGGGUUGCAAGGAAAGCAGAUUUUCAACACAGCCUUGUCAAUUCAGAAUCAUUCCUCAUCUGAUACUUCAGAUGAGGGUUCUCUUAUGUUUACACCCCAGGAGGCACACGACCCAAGCGAGUAUGCUGUCACUCUUAAUAUCGAGACCGGCAGGAAUCAAGAAGGUAUUGUCUUCCGUUACUGGACAGAUAUGCUCUCGAGCGAUCAUGCUUCAGAUAUUUCAAAGACCCUAGCCAACAUCCUCCACUCCUUUGCUCGAGAACCGACAGAAACUAUAUCUCGACUUGACAAAUGCAAGUCUGUUGAAAUUGCCGAGACGAAGGCCGUAAACGUCGGACAGACGCCUGCUCAGCGAGAAGAUAAACUGCACGACCUUCUGGAGAAGUAUCCUAGUCUCCAGAAUCUCAUUGACGAGAGAGUUCGCAUGAUUGUACAACAAAUGUUCAAUUUGAGUCAACCAGGAUCAUUGAGACGGCAUUUAUCUAACGCUACGGAGCACGACGUCUUAGUGGCCCCUCAUUCGGAAUCCGAUGCCAUCUCAAGCAUCUCCGACGAUGUUUAUAGGGAGGACAUUGGCGAAUCAGCAAUUCCAGUUGCUGCUCAUAUCCAUGAACGGGGAAUGAAGGCCGAUAUAGAGGAAAAGCUUCUACGUCUCUGGAGUGACAAGCUUGGAUUGCCUCUGGAUUCCAUAACCAGAGAUGAUAGCUUCUUUGACUUGGGAGGAGACAGUAUUACGGCCAUGGGGCUCGUUGGUGAUGCGCGCGACGAAGGACUAAUUUUGACAGUUGCAGAUGUUUUCAGAAACCCCAUAUUCAAGGAUAUGGCAACUAUGGCUCAAACCGCGAGUGAAAAGAGCUAUGUCGAAGACGAGAUUAACAACAUGAAUAUGAUGGGACAGCAGUCAGCUUUUACAUCUGCCAAACCUGGUUUCUACGAAAGGUUUGCUCUCAUCAAAGCCGCCAAUAUUGACGAAGCAUUCUUACAGAAAUACAUUUGCCCUCGUGUGGGAGUGUUCAAAGGUGGUAUAGUUGAUAUUCUUCCCGUCACAGACUUCCAGGCUCUGUCAAUUACGGGUGCUCUUCUAGAUUCGCGCUGGAUGUUGAAUUUCUUCUGCCUCGACGGUCGCGGUCCCCUUGAUUUCCGACGACUAAAACAAAGCUGUUUCCGCGUGGUGCACGCUUUUGAUAUUCUGCGAACGGUCUUUGUUGCUUCCAAGGGACGAUUUUUGCAGGUCAUACUCCGUAAAGUUCGACCGGAGUUUUCUGUAUACGAGACUGAUGAAAGCCUCGAUGAGUUUACCUCUGUCUUACAACAGCGAGACAUCACCGAAGGAGUUAAACAGGGUGAGCCAUUUGUACAGUUUGUGAUUGUGCGGGAGAAGAAUACGGACAGACAUCGCAUUAUCCUUCGACUUUCUCACGCGCAGUACGAUGGUGUGUCGCUUCCUAGAAUACUGUCUGCCAUCAAAGCAGGCUAUGAAGGUGGACCCAUUCCUUCACCAGCAUCUUUUGCCAACUUUGUGCGUGAGUCGGCAAGAAUCGUGACGACAGAUCAUUAUCAACAUUGGAGGAAUUUGUUGAAUGGAUCAAGGAUGACGGAGAUUGUUAAUCGACAUGAGAACCUCGGAUACAGGAGACUUCGGGCCAGCAAUGAAGGUUUACGAAAGACUAUAAGGGUUCCGUCCAUGGCUCAUGGAAACAUCACUACCGCGACAGUCAUCAAAGCUGCUUGGGCAUUGACUCUAGCACGAAUUACGGGAAGUGCAGACAUUGUUUUCGGACAUACAAUCAGCGGCCGAAACACCGCAGCUAUCACAGGCGUUGAAUCUAUGGUUGGACCAUGCAUGAAUAUCGUUCCGGUCCGGGUUCUGUUUGCCGAGAAAUGGACAGUACUUGAUCUUCUCCGAUACAUUCAAGAUCAGCAAGUCGCCAACAUGCCAUAUGAAGCACUUGGAUUCAGACAAAUCAUCCACAAAUGCACUGACUGGCCUCGCUCAACUAAUUUUAGUACAGUGUUGCAGCAUGAUGCUGCCAACUCGUCAAAUGAGAUUCAACUCGGAGAAAACAUUUACACUGUCAAGGCUGUCGGUAGCGACGAAGAAAUGUCUGAUUUCUCAGUCAAUUCGAAAUCGUUGGACCGGGAUCGUGUCGAGAUUAUUCUUUCGUUCUCUGUGGAUGAACAUGUCACUAUGCCACUUGCUCAAAGAGUCUUGGAUAUGCUCUGCGAUACUGCAGAGAGUUUUACUGCAAAUCCUGAUAUGGCACUUCCAUCGCCUACUUCUCUUUGUGCACUUCCAAUUCGAGAUGCGAAGUCUGACAGCCAGCUGCCUCAAGGGGACAUUAAGAAACAAGUGGAAGACAACUCACUCCAAUCCUCCCAACUAGCCAACCUCACUCGAGCCGAAAUUCUGGUCCUAUCAGACGUUCUCCGGCGAGCAUGGGAGCAAGUCCUCAGCGAUACCAACCAAGCCAAUGAAAAAGACACCAGCAACGUCCCACCACCUCUCAAACCAGACUCAUCCUUCUUCGAUCUCGGCGGCGACCUCAUCGGGCUCGCGCAAGUAGCUUGGCUCCUCGAACAAGAAGACUUCACAGUCCGACUGGACGAUCUAAUCGAACAUCCCACAAUGAUGGGUCAAAUGGCGGCUCUCGUGCAAUCAAACAGCGUCACGGCGAAACGGAUGAUGGCUUCGUAUCAUGCUGGUGUUGCUGCUUCAUCUGCUGGUACUGAUACGGCUGCGAGUGCGACUGACGGCAGUGUUGCUGGUGAGGAGCCACAUUCCAGUAAUAUUAGCCAUAAACCUGGUCAGUUACGGAAGUCGAUGACUUGGGCGUCUGCGUUUGGGUUGGCGAGGAAGAUUGUGAAAAGGAAGGUUGAAGUGGAGAGUUGAUUGAGUUGAAUUGGUAAAAUGGGAAGACUAUCGUUAAGAUUUCCUUUUUGUUCAUAUCUUACGACAAUCGUUAAAUUAGCAUAUUUCUUCUGUUUGUUAGAAGUUUUGUUUCAGAUUAGCAAUCGAAUACAUUUCAUUGUUAAUCCUGAACCGUCAGUACUCCUAUCGAAAUUAAGAAUAGUUCUAAGCAUAUCAUCUGGACCAAUACCACCAGCAGGGUUCAUUAAGAAUGAAGCAAAAAAUCAAACCCACAAGGGCGUAACCCUCUUCAAAAACUUCAUAAACUUAAAAAAUCCAACCGCCUGCUCAACGUUACCCUUAGGAUCAACCACCGUCUCCGGGAAUGCAAUUCCAGCACCAUGUAAGCCGGGAAUAACCUCUCCCCGAUCAUCCAGAAACCCCCCGAAUUCCGACUCCCAUUUCAGGUCUUGUUGACGAGAGACGAGCGGCCGACCAUUUCGACUGAGUUCAGGUAAAGCGUUCCGCUCAUAUCCUAUCGCAUAUACUACAUGGGAACAUUCAGGCAAAUGAGUCUGAUAAAGCGCAUCUUCCCUCGUCUUGUCACUCGUAUCAAUCUUCUCAAUAAAUCUACCAGCUACCGAAGUCUCCAGGCGGGAAUCCUCGAGUUGCUCACGCGCAAAUUGGGCUGCUUGGCCUUUUAACCCUGUGUUGUCGUACAAGAUCCACCCACCUUCCAUAAAGACGGCAUAUUUGAGUGGAUUACGAGUAAACCAUUUGAGGCGAAUACUGGGGUGGCUGGUUUGAGCGAGAUCGACUAGGUUCAUGAUUGCUAGGAUUGCGCUGUGGGAUCCGCCGAUUACGGCGAUUGUGGUUGGGAUGUCUCGCGGUAGUACGUCGGAGAGAAUGCUUGGUUUGAGGACUGUGUCGAGAUUGAGUUCUUUGAGGGUCGGGGUUGAUCCUGCAGCACCUGGUGUGGGUGCUGGGAGGGAUUUUGGUGAUGAGCCUGUGCAGAGGAUCAGGCGGGGAGCUGAUACUUCGAUAUUAGAGAAUGGGUCUGUGGAUUUGAUUCGGAUAG